AUGGGGUAUGUGGACCGGAGCACCAGCGUCGAGGAAUUGGACGACUACUCCGGCCACAAGGCCGUGGUUGCUUCGGUCAUCUUCUUUGUCUUGACUUCGGUCUUCCUGGGACUCCGAUUCUACGCCAAGAAGCUCAUGCGCUCACAAUCUGGCUGGGACGAUCUAAUUCUCGUGGGUGCGUAUAUGUGCAACACCGGUUCAUGCGUUGUAGUCAUUGUGAUGACCAAGGUGGCCGGCGUGGGCCAUCACGAGGACUGGGUCAUGCUCACCAACCCUACGCAGAUCGUCCGCUGGGCCGAACUCGUCCUGAUAUUGGAACUCCUCCACUUCGCCGGAGUGGCCCUGCCAAAGCUUGCGAUACUCUUCUUCUACCUACAAGUGUUCAACUGGGGGGGUAGAAUGAGGGUGAUGUGCUGCGCGACAAUGGGCCUGGUGGUAAUGACCUGGCUGGGAAGCACGCUCGCUGCCUGCAUGCAGUGCAGGCCGCUGGCAUUUUGGUGGGACAAGAGCAUACAAGGAGGAACAUGCUUCAACGUGCAGGCUUUCUUCCGAGGGCAAGGUCUCACGAGCCCCAUCCUGGACGCGGUCAUACUCAUGUUGCCCAUGAGGUCGAUCUGGGGCCUGCAGUUGCCGGAGCGAAAGAGGAUCGAACUUAUACUGGUGUUUAGUGUGGCAGGCUUUGGACUAAUAGCAUCCAUUGUCCGCGUCCAAACAUUUUUCGAGACCUCUGCAUUUGUAGAUCGAACCUGGGCAUCUGUGGACCUGUGCGGAUGGUCCAUCAUUGAGGUUGGGACAUACAUUAUAACAGCAUGUCUUCCGGCACUCAGGCCGUUGGUGCCGCUCUUUGCCCCGACACAACUGCUGGCCAAAGCCCGGAAAAUGAAGACGGUCUCAGAUAACUCCAACCCGACCGGCAAGGACCCGAUAAAUAACGAUCACAGCGAUUUCCCUUCAAUGGUCACGCAUAAUAGCCUCACACAAGGACAGUUCAAGGAGUGUGGGCACUGGGACGGGGCACACCAGGACAGGAGCAUUGAAGAGCCUCGCGGUGGACAGCAUGACGAAGAGCAGGCGCACGAAGAGUCGUACGAGGAAGAAGUAUCGGAGAGAAUAAAUUGGGAAAGUGAUGGGAUUAUGACAAUACUCGUUACCCGAACUACGCAAGUGACCGUCGACAGGCUUGGUACGUUUGACCGACCGUGGGAGCAUUUGGGCCCGUCUCUCGGAACCCCGACAAUCAUAAGCGGCUGA